UAUAAGAACAUGAUGUCUGCGCACACAACACUGACAUGAGCAUGGGAGGGGCUGCUGCUGCUGCUGCAGAAACACACUGAUAGAAUGAAUGCAAAGAGCCAAAAGAACACUUCCUGUUGAUGCAAAAAUUGCAGCAGCAACUGUCUGACACAUCUGGACGGACCGUGGAGCAGAGGGGGGGAGGCCUGGCUGCGGUGUGAGCGAACUACUGAGGGGAAUGGACAACGAUUUAUGCUAAUCUGGAAGACGGCUGUCGGCAAACUGGAGAAACAUAUCCAAGAAAUGGACGACGGCAGCUACAUCGAGUUUGAUGUGCCGGAGUUCAGUAACACUGUUCUUACCCAGCUCAAUGAGCUGCGGCUGCAAGGGAAGCUAUGUGACAUCAUUGUUCACAUUCAGGGUCAGCCAUUUCGCGCCCACAAGGCCGUGCUGGCAGCUAGCUCACCCUACUUUCGUGACCACUCAGCUCUCAGCACCAUGAGCGGCCUUUCCAUCUCGGUCAUCAAAAGCCCCGAGGUGUUCGAGCAGCUCCUUGCGUUCUGCUACACCGGUCACAUGUCCCUGCAGCUCAAGGAUAUUAUCAGUUUCCUCACCGCUGCCAGCUUUCUGCAGAUGCAGGCCAUCAUUGACAAGUGUACCCAAAUCCUUGAGAGUAUCCACUCCAAGAUCAGUAUCCCAGUCACUGUCUGCAGCCCAGAUAAGGACGACUUGCAGGGAAGCCACAACGGGGUCAACGACAGCAACCUCUUUGUAAACCCUACCCAGAUCUCCCCCCCUUACUACUCCCGGCAGAGUCAGGCAGGACACGAGGCGCGCUUCGAGCUGGUGGGAAAAGGCCUGGGCCGAGUGCGACAGCAGCAAGAGGAAGGCCAGUCGGACCGAGGCAGUAGUGAUAGUGUGUCCGAGCAUGACGCUCCCAUUGAGGGAGAAACGGAGCAAGUGGAACUGAUUGGCAAAGAUGGGCAAGUAACGGACGUGCAUGUGAAGAUAGAGAAGAUCGACAGGCCCACCUACUCAGAUAGUUCCUCAGCUGGCGAUGACGGCUACCACACGGAGCUGGUAGAUGGAGAACAGGUAUUGGCUGUCAGCGUGGGUUCUUACGGUCCUGUCAUCCAGUCAACUACCUAUUCUUACUCAGGGCUGUCCUCCCCAUGCUUCGUCAACCUUAGCAACUCCAGUCCUUCCCGCUCCAUACUCAGUGGCUACAGAGGUGGGCGAGCCAGGGCGAAGCGCCCCCUGGCCAUCCCAGCAGGGGCGCUGAGUCACGUCAAACCAGGCCCGGAGGACGGCGAGACACCCGGGGGCCCCGCGGGGUUGGAGAACGACGUGCGAGAGCGCAGCCUGCGGAGCCAGUGGUACCCCUACAAUGAGAGACUCAUUUGCAUCUACUGUGGAAAGACCUUCAAUCAGAAAGGGAGCCUGGACCGCCACAUGCGCCUGCACAUGGGAAUCACUCCAUUCGUAUGUAAAUUCUGCGGCAAGAAGUACACACGAAAAGACCAGCUGGAGUACCACAUCCGUGGCCACACGGACAACAAGCCCUUCCACUGUCAGAUCUGUGGCAAAUGCUUCCCGUUUCAGGGCACCCUUAACCAGCACCUGAGGAAGAAGCACAUGGGGGCGUCGGAGGGCAGCAAUCACGUGGACUCUCCAGAGAGGACGGAGGGAAGCUCAGGUCAGAAGGACCAAGAGGAUACGUCCGAGGGGAUGGCCUUUGAGGCGCAAUAUGCAGAAGAGGCACCGGCCAACGACAUGGAGGAGAGUUCAAAAUGCAGUCCGGAGGAGGCUCAAGCAUCAAGAUGUGAUUUUUAGGUCCUGCUUCAGGUUAAGGAAGCUUUAAGAAAUGUUUAUUUUAACUUUAACUCAACUUAAAGGACUUUUUUCUUCUUCGUUUUUUGAAUCAGCUCCCUCCACUAUGGACAUUUCUUGCGUCAAAAGGGUUUCUGUCAAAUUUUGUGAAAGUUUCGAUGUUGAAUGCAGCGAGCAAAUGGGUGCUUUAUAGAAAUUUGAUUCUUUCGAGCAAAGGGAGUAACAACUUACUAUUUUUGAGGAGGUCACAAUAAUCAAGACCCCUCCCUAAUUGAUUUCUCUUUUUAUCUUUCCAUGUUUUUUAAAAAACAUAUUUACAGAGUUAUAUAGGCAUGUUGCAAUAAUUGAUAAUGUGAAAGCUCUGGUAAGAUGCUAGUCAUAUCACCUUUUUACCUGACCUGUUUUUGCACAUGUGACCACAGGAGGUCACUUACUCACAAGGAAUGAUUUUUCUGCCAGUGCAAAGCUUCGUGUGACAUAUCCGUUCAAUACCUCAUGAUGCAACUACAUACUCAUAACAGACAGUAUUUUAACUUAAAUGAAAAAACUCACCAGGUUCUACCUCAUAGCCAAGAACCUACCACGCACAGAUGUGUUCACCGUUUUGAAAUCCAUUCUAAGUUUCUAUGUACAGUAUCUUCUUGCCAAACCCUGUAAAGAAUAUUCUCUCAACACAAAGCCUUGAUACUUAGGGGAAUAAUUCCUUGCUGAUUGUAUGGAUUAGGGACAAAGUCCUUGUCAAACGUUUCAUGGUCAGCCAGGUUAAAUAGAUUAUUAAGAAGGUGCUAUGUUAGGAGUGCAUUACAUUUGCUAGCUUUCUACUUUCUUUGUUUUUUGGCGAUAGAGAAUAGAGUAAGAAAAAUGGCCCUGUAUACUUUCAAGAUAUUUUUUAUUUUGCUGUCUCAUGUUUGUUCCACAAAACACUUUAUAUCUCUCAUCACUACUGGAGAUCUCACUCUGUCGGCCAAGGCGUGGCUUUUUUUCCGAUGCUGUCGCCCAUGUAAUGGGUGAAUUACGUCCAUACAGUGAAGUCAUUUGUAUUCCUCUAUACUCUGAUUGCAGACUUAUACUGAAUUAUCGUAUGUGUAAAUUGUUUUGUCCUGAGCUAGGCUUCUAUAGGUUUUAAUACUUGGCGUCUAACAGAGACGGGAGUGCUCGCCGUCGGCUCGGCACAGUUAGGAGCAGCUGUGGAUCUGUUCACAUGAACCUACAUAGGCUGAAUAAUAUGCAAACAGAAAGAACAAAGGAAUCUCAGCCAUCUUGACAUGGUUUUUCUUCCAUAAUUUGAAAGAGCUAUUGGUUUGUUUCCUCUUUUGUUUCUCGUUCUGUCCCGCCCUUUGUGACGACCUGUGAUCUUUGUUCUCUGCCUUGUUCGGGGUCAUGUGCAGACUUUUUGGAGCACGAUUUUAAAUUUUUUAUUUUCUCCUCAUUUGUCAAUCCUCUACUUUAUGGUGUUGACACAUGCGGGCGUAGCUAGAUUAAGGUUUAAGAGGUUAAUAUUGUUAGAGGGGUGGUUUAGUGGUGAUCCAAAGUAUUGAUGCACUUUGCAGAGUUAGUGGUUGGGAUGGACGGACGGACGCCGUCCCGCUGAUUUUAAAAAAACGUGCUAAUUUCUGUCUUAAUUCUGGUGCGGCAGCGGCAGAGUAGUACUUUGUUCACAGCAGCUCUGCAAUCACAUGAAUACUAUUGGCUACAGCGUCGUAUUUUAUCUAAACUGUUUGAACCAUGGGGAUCAGGGAUGGGGGUGUUGUUAGUAUAUAGAGACUUGGGUUUUGAAUUUCCAUUGUGAUUUCAAAAAUAAUCUUCAUUCACAUGAGAGAGGCACUUAGAAAGGCCUGAUUGGUUAUCCUGUUGUAUUUAGCUAAUUUAAAGCUCAGCUGGGCGGUCCCUUUUUGUGCUAUCCCGCUUUCCUUAUUCGCCAUCCAGCUGAUGAAUGCCUUUUUUUUAAAAGAAGAGCACCUGCUUUAUGCUUCUACUUCGUCUCCUCCGGUCCACGCGGAAGUUGUGUCAUUUAACUAGAUUAUUUCACAGUUUUCAUAUAAUUUUCUACUUUGUGUGCGUGAAUCUUGUUUUAUUUUGUUUUGUUUUUUGCUUCUGUCUAAUGUUUUUUUAAUUCCACUGAAUGUGCCGUCAUCGUCUUCGCUCGUUGACAGCAAAAAUAGCAAAACCAAACUUUUUAGGGAAUUUUGCAAAAAUCGGUAUAGCUAGCUUUUUUUCCGUU